GCUCAACAUAAAGGCACCAUAAAAUAUUUGCUCUCAGAUUCCACAUAAAGCACUUUCAGAGGUCUUCUGGAGACUUGGAGCUCUUUGGAAGCCAAGCAUUCCACUAUGAAGAGCUUUCUGGCUUUCCUUGUUGCGAUGGGCAUCACAGUGACACUGGGAGAUGCAUACUGCUUUUCUAAAAUAAACAAGCCAGGGGAGACCGACAAAGGCUGUGUCCUGGAUGGAAAACUGUACCCCUACGGAGAGAUCGCAAGAACAGAAAAUUGCUUCAGAUGCAGCUGCAGCAAAGAAGAAAUAAGUUGUUGCUCCCUCUUUCACACUCCUAUUGGUUAUGACAAAGAGAGCUGUAGAGUCAUUUUCAAUAAAAAAAUCUGUGACUAUGAAGUGGUGCAGAAGAGCGACCCCACGAAGGAGUGUACUAUCUAUUCUCGUGUGGGCUAACUAAACAUCUGCUCCAAACCUUUCUGCACUGUGGAAUUCCUUCCCUUCCUACAGAUGUUUUGCCUUCACAAAGAAGCUUGGAGAUAUGGGAGAUCUUAUAAAAGAGCACUUCAGUAGCUCACUUCUAAUCUCCUAAUCAUUGUAAUUCAGUAUACAAGAUGUAUAAUCAUAUACAAUGUUUCAUUUGUCAUUAACUUGCAUUUUUAUCAUUGAGUUUUUCUAAAUAUAAUAAAUCCAGAUGAAACAUCCAGAAA